GCGGGGUGGGUUCAACUUUCACCGUCUUCUUGUCUAUCCUUCAGAACGGCCAUGAUUUCCCAGUUCUUCAUUCUGUCUUCCAAGGGGGAUCCGCUCAUCUAUAAAGACUUCCGAGGGGAUAGUGGUGGUCGUGAUGUGGCCGAGCUCUUCUACCGGAAGCUGACGGGACUGCCUGGAGGCGAAUCCCCGGUUGUCAUGGUAACUACUGUGGCAGGCGAGCAGGGGCUUAGAACUUAUCAUGAUGAUCGUCACUUUAUUCACAUCAGACACAGUGGUCUGUAUUUGGUGGCCACAACUUCAGAAAAUGUCUCUCCUUUCAGCCUCCUGGAGCUACUUUCCAGGUUAGCCACUCUCUUGGGUGACUACUGUGGCUCACUCAAUGAGGGGACCAUCUCACGGAAUGUGGCGCUUGUCUACGAACUCCUGGAUGAAGUGCUGGAUUAUGGCUAUGUGCAGACUACGUCCACAGACAUGCUGAGGAACUUCAUCCAAACUGAAGCUGCGGUCAGCAAGCCUUUCAGCCUCUUCGACCUCAGCAGCGUCGGUCUGUUUGGGGCAGAGACGCAGCAGAACAGAGUGGCCCCAAGCAGUGCAGCCAGCCGCCCUGUCCUGUCCAGUCGUUCUGACCAGAGCCAAAAGAAUGAAGUGUUUUUAGAUGUGGUCGAAAGGCUGUCUGUACUGAUUGCAUCUAAUGGCUCCUUGUUGAAGGUGGAUGUCCAAGGAGAGAUCCGGCUCAAGAGCUUCCUCCCCAGCAGUUCUGAGAUAUGCAUUGGCUUAACAGAAGAGUUUUGUGUUGGAAAGUCAGAACUGAGAGGUUAUGGGCCAGGGAUUCGAGUUGAUGAGGUGUCAUUCCAUAGCUCUGUCAAUCUAGAUGAGUUUGAAUCUCAUCGGAUCCUCCACCUGCAGCCGCCUCAGGGCGAGCUGACUGUGAUGAGAUACCAGCUCUCUGAUGACCUCCCCUCACCACUUCCCUUCCGGCUGUUUCCCUCUGUACAAUGGGACCAAGGCUCAGGCCGGCUCCAGGUUUACCUGAAGUUACGGUGUGACCUGCCCCCAAAGAGCCAAGCUCUCAACAUUCAUCUGCACCUUCCCCUGCCUCGAGGGGUCGUCAGCCUGUCUCAGGAACUGAGCAGCCCAGAUCAGAAGGCAGAGCUGGGAGAAGGAGCCCUUCACUGGGACCUGCCCCGGGUACAAGGAGGUUCUCAACUCUCUGGCCUUUUCCAGAUGGAUGUCCCUGGCUUGCAGGGACCUCCCAGCCGUGGGCCGUCCCCCUCAGCACCCCCCUUGGGGCUGGGUCCUGCCAGCCUCUCCUUUGAACUCCCUCGGCACACAUGCUCUGGCCUCCAGGUUCGAUUCCUCAGACUGUCCUUUAGCGCCUGUGGUAAUGCCAACCCUCACAAGUGGGUUCGACAUCUAAGCCACAGCAACGCCUACGUAAUUCGGAUUUGAAUCUCCUCAAAGAAGGAUAUGGAUAGCAACGUCAGAGGCAUUUUCUUUCUUGUGACUUUGGAUCUGGACAGGAAGGUUCCACAGACUCACCCCUUCUGUUUUGUGACACAGGGAGGCUCACAAACUUACAAAUCCAACUUUUAUUCUGAGGAACUUACUGUACAGUAUCUAAAAAGAAAGUCACUGGGGAAAACAUCUUUCUCCUUCCUUCCUCACACAUUGUUUGUGUGUGUAGGAAUCUGCAGAAGAGAGAAGGUCAGCACAUGUGACAAUAUCACAGAGCAGGUUGGGGAGAGCUAGGUCCAGUAGGCUGGGAGCCAUUAGCCUUUGGAGUCCCUGGAGCUGGAGGGGGGCUGUCCCCAGUUUCCUGCUUCCCCCCACAGAGGGCACUGCCCCCAAGUGGAGAUGGUGAAGAAGAUGAAGGUGGGACUGGAGAAGGAUGAGAAGGAGGGCCUCCUUUGCCUUCCCCUGUUGGGGGAAGAGAGACCACAAUGUAUUUCUGAACACUGCCAGGACCAGCAGGGGCUGUGCUUGGGGGUGCAGUGGUAGCAGUGGAGACCAGCUUGACAAUGGGCUGCACGCUGGGAACUGUGGUGGUGACAGGAGAGGUAGUGGUAGAGCCUGAACCAGGAGCUGAGGUGCUGAGGGACAGGACCUGAGGGAGAAAGGAGGGCCUUGGGUCAGGUUGUCCUUGCUUCCCCUAGAAUCUUCUUCCAGGUACCUGCUGUUGACCCUUGCCCUCUGCUCCCACCUUCCCUUGUAGUCCCCAGUGAAUGCAUGGUCAAGAUUGCUGCUAGCUCGAGGCCUCCAAGAUCCUGAUAAGUGGCUCUAGUACCGUAUGAGUUUGAGCCUGAAAGGAUUAGGUCACAACUUGGAGGUUUCCCCAGUGUGCUCCUCACAUCCUGGCUAUACAUACCUGCUGGGUUGAUGAGGCACUGGAAGAUGAGGACAUUACAAUAAACUUGGUUGGAGGAGGAGAAGGCUGAGGAGGGGCAGCAGCUCUUGCAGACACCAGUGUCUGGACAGGCAAGGCAAUAGAGCCAGGGACCUUCAAUAAGCCAGGGGUACGAGGGCCUGGCUGAGGGGCCUGUGAGAGGGUCAGUGUGGGCCGAGGCUAUGAAGAGACACAGGAAGAAAAUGUUAACACUAGGGGUAGGAGUGGGGUCCAGUCCCCUGAGACUGCUGUCUGUGGCAAGUCCCUGUACGUUUCCUGUCAGCCUCCUCCCUCACAGCUGACCUGUGUGAUGGUGAGUGUGGUCCUGUUGACCUGCUGAGCUUGAAGAGCGGCCUGGGCCCUGGCCUUCACCACAUGGGAGCAGAGAAGGGGCCCAAGGGACCCAAAUUCUCCCCGGUAGGCAUCCUGAUUGUCAGGUGGAGGGCGCAGCUUCGCCAAUACUGGGGCACAGUGUUUCUGUAGAGGAGGCAGAGUGAGGGCUGGUAUCCUUCCGCAAAGGUGAGAGAGGAGCUCAUUCACUGCUGCUGUUAGAAGCCACAGUGAAAAGCUAUGGUUCUACAGGGAAUGCAUCAGAGCUGGGUGUGGUGGUUCAUGCUUGUAGGUCUAGCAUUUGAGCUGAAGCAGGAAGAUCACUGGGUUCUAGGCUAGCCUGAGCAGGUGGCAUAUCUCAAAAGUGAGGGCCAAGGAGAAUACAGCUCAUUGGUAGAAUGCUGUGCAAGCAUGCAUGUGGCCCUAGGUCCAAUUCCCAGCAGAAAAACAACAACAAAAAGAAUGGGGGUCGGGGAGGACUGGAGAGGGAGCAGAGGUGUAGAGCGUCCGCUCAGAGGGCAGUUGUUCACUACCCUCUUGGACUCCAGAUUUGUCACCUUCCUCUGGCUUCUGUGGGCACCUGUAACCAUGGUGCACAUUCUUACACAUACAAAACAAUGUUUUACAAAUAAAAAGGAAUGAUUUCAGUGGAUAUGGUGGUGCAUUCCUGUAAUCUCUGCACUCAGAAGAGAGGUGACAGGAUGGCCACCAGGCCAGUGUGCUGCACAAGUUCUAGGCUAGCCAAGGCUAUACAGCAAGAUCACAUCUAUAGGAGUCAACAAAUUGAAAAUUAAGACUGUUUCCUUCCAUAAGGAUCAACUGAUAUGAACAGGAUUUCCUGUAUCUGCUGAUGACAUAUAUGGUGGUCAUAUGCCUUGUGUGGUGGGAGCUGUAGGGUGAGACAAGCAGGAUGAGGCAGUGCAGUCCAGAAGUUACUGACUACCAAGGCUUUCUGUUUGAGCCUAGCUUUCCAUGUGCACAACAGUGCCGGCCUCUCAAGAAUAAAAGUAAGAUGUGCCUCGUGCUUGCUAAA